AUGGAGCACCUGGCCAAGGGCCUGCAACCAAAGUUCAUCCUCUCUCUUGGAGACAACUUCUACAUACGAGGGGUAAAAGACUCCGAAGAUCCUCAAUUCGAGGAGUCCUUCGAGAAGAUCUAUAGCUAUGGUCAUCUGAAAGAGAUUCCAUGGCAGAUCACCCUCGGAGAUCAUGAUCAUCGAGGCAACAUUUCUGCAUUGUUGCUGCGGCCGCAGCGCAAUCCUCGGUGGCGGCUGCCAUCUCCGUACUAUACCUUCGAACUACCUGCAGGAAACAGACAGGUGAGGUUCCUCAUACUGGAUUCUGUUGGACUCGAGGGCGGCAUGCUCGCGCACACCCCGAAGGGGCGGCGCUUUGAGCAGGACCUUUCAGAAGAUUUUGCGGGAAGGAAGGCUGGAGAGGCACAAUGGGGAUGGCUUUCUCGAACCCUGGCCGGCGAGGACGAGUCUGACGACGAGGCAUCGUUGCAGGUCGUCGUGGGACAUCGGCCCAUCCGAAGUCUGGCCGACCGCGGGAAGUAUGGCUCGUCGCCGCACGAGGCUGCGGUGGCCGAGGCUCUGAAGGCGGCGCUGGUCAAGGCAUCGAAGCCCGUGGUUUACUUACAUGGCCAUGAUCAUGUGAUGCAGCACUUCCGCGAGAGCGGACAAGAGGUUCACCACCUCGGAAACGGAGUGGGAGGGAUGGGCCUGCAUCCCCUGAAGAACUGCUCCAAUUGCAGCGAGUUCCAGUGGGGCACUUCUGCACAUGGCUUUGCCGUGCAUGAGCUUGCUAAGAAUUUCUUGGCGACCCACUUUGUGGAUGCCAUGACACAGCAAGUUCUGCACACUGUAACCAUUCCCUUCUGA